UUUAUACAACAACUAGUCCAAGCACAGAGGUCGAAUCACACUGUACCUCUCUCUCACAAAAUUGAAGAAGUUUCACGUGAAAAAUGGCGACAGUUUCGCAACCAAACCAGAAGCUAACGAUUCCAUUCAAAACCAGAAUCGCUCUCUCGGUUAUCUCCACCUUAACCGAUAACGCUCAACGUCCCGACGGCUCAAUCAACCGCCGUUUCCUCCGCCUCCUCGAUUUCCGUGCUCCUCCCAAUCCCAAACCAAUCAACUCCGUCUCCUCCUCCGAUUUCGUCGUUGAUCCUUCCCGCGAUCUCUGGUUCCGAUUAUUCACCCCCCACGUCUCCGGCGACCGAAUUCCCGUCGUCGUUUUCUUCCACGGCGGUGGUUUCGCUUUCCUCAGCCCCAAUGCCUAUCCCUACGACGCCGUAUGCCGGAGAUUCGCCAGAAAAUUACCGGCUUACGUCAUCUCCGUCAAUUACCGUCUCGCUCCUGAGCACCGUUACCCUGCUCAAUACGACGACGGAUUCGACGUCCUCAAGUACCUCGAGGAGAAUCGCGGCACGGUUCUCCCGGCGAACGCCGAUCUGUCGAGGUGCUUCUUCGCCGGAGACAGCGCCGGUGGAAACAUCGCGCACAACGUCGCGCUCAGGGUUUGCCGUGCCCGAUGUUUCGCCGCCGUGAAACUCGUCGGACUUAUCUCGAUACAACCUUUCUUCGGAGGAGAAGAGAGGACGGAGGCGGAGAAACGGCUCGUCGGAAUGCCUCUGGUUUCGCCGGAUCGGACUGAUUGGUGCUGGAGGGCGAUGUUGCCGGAGGGAUCAAACCGGGACCACGAGGCGGCGAGGCCAGACGUUGUGGACAUAUCGGGUCUGGAUUACCCGGAGACGAUGGUGGUGGUGGCCGGGUUCGAUCCGUUGAGGGAUUGGCAGAGAAGUUACUGCGAGUGGAUAAAGUUAUCCGGGAAGAGAGCAACACUAGUCGAGUAUCCAAACAUGUUCCAUGCCUUCUAUAUCUUCCCUGAGUUGCCGGAGUCGGGAGAGUUAAUCCAGCGGAUUAAGGAUUUUGUUGCGGAGCGCGUGGCUUCACUCUCCGCUUAAUGAAAUUAUUAUCAUUAUUAUUAAGUGGGAUAACUCGAUUAAUAAUGUAUCUCUGCUUUUUAUCUACUAGUGUUUAAAAAAUGUUAGCCCAUUUCAAUCUCGAUGUAUGUUAAGUCCGUUUUCAUUAUCACUUAGUGUUCAACUUUAAGAUUUAAUGAUUGUUUUACUCUUCAAA